CUCUCCGGAAGGAGACGUGGCGGCGGUUGGGUCUCCGAUACCUAGGACGCUUUGUGGUCCCGCCGCCGCCUCCUUCUCCUCCUCCUCCACCUGUUCUCCUCGGGUAGCGGAGGCUGUGACGGCGGCUGGAGGACGCGGCGACGGAGGAUGGAGGAAGGAGGCGGCGGCUUGCGGAGCCUUGUCCCGGGAGGGCCGCUCUUGCUGGUCCUGUACGGUCUCCUAGAGGCGUCCGGCGGGGGCCGAGCGCUGCCCCAGCUCAGCGACGACAUCCCCUUCCGAGUCAAUUGGCCCGGCACCGAGUUCUCUCUGCCUACAACUGGAGUUUUGUAUAAAGAAGAUAAUUACAUCAUCAUGACAACUGCACAUAAAGAAAAGUACAAAUGUAUACUUCCUCUUGUAACAAGUGGGGACGAGGAAGAAGAAAAGGAUUAUAAAGGCCCCAAUCCAAGAGAGCUUUUGGAGCCACUAUUUAAGCAAAGCAGUUGUUCCUACAGGAUUGAAUCUUACUGGACUUAUGAAGUAUGUCAUGGGAAACAUAUUCGACAGUACCACGAGGAAAAAGAAACUGGCCAAAAAGUAAAUAUUCAUGAAUACUACCUUGGGAAUAUGUUGGCUAAGAGUCUUCAGUCUGAAAAAGAACAAGAAGCAGAAGAAAAAGAAAAGUCAAAUGAGAUUCCCACUAAAAAUAUUGAAGGCCAGGUGACACCCUACUAUCCUGUGGGAAUGGAAAAUGGUACACCUUGCAGUCUGAAACAGAAUCGACCCAGGUCAAGCACUGUGAUGUACAUAUGCCAUCCUGAAUCUAAGCAUGAAAUACUUUCAGUAGCUGAAGUUACAACCUGUGAAUAUGAAGUUGUCAUUUUGACACCACUCUUGUGCAGUCAUCCUAAAUACAGGUUCAGAGCCUCUCCUGUGAAUGACAUAUUCUGCCAGUCUUUGCCAGGAUCUCCAUUUAAACCCCUCACCCUAAGACAGUUGGAGCAGCAGGAAGAGAUACUGAGGGUGCCAUUUAGGAGAAAUAAAGAGGAAGAUUUACCAUCAGCUAAAGAAGAAAGAUUUCCAGCCAUCCACAAACCUAUUGCUGUUGGCUCUCAGCCAGUGCUCACUGUUGGAACAACCCACAUAUCCAAGCUAACAGAUGACCAGCUCAUAAAGGAAUUUCUUAGUGGCUCUUACUGCUUUCAUGGGGGUGUUGGUUGGUGGAAAUAUGAAUUCUGCUAUGGCAAACAUGUACAUCAAUAUCAUGAGGACAAAGAUAAUGGGAAAACUUCUGUGAUUGUGGGGACAUGGAACCAAGAAGAGCACAUUGAAUGGGCUAAGAAAAAUACCGCUAGAGCUUAUCAUCUUCAGGACGAUGGCACCCAGACAGUCAGGAUGGUGUCGCAUUUUUAUGGAAAUGGGGACAUUUGUGAUAUAACUGACAAACCCAGACAGGUGACUGUAAAACUAAAGUGUAAAGAAUCAGAUUCUCCUCAUGCUGUUACUGUGUAUAUGCUUGAACCUCACUCCUGUCAAUAUAUCCUUGGGGUUGAAUCACCAGUAAUCUGUAAAAUACUAGAUACAGCUGAUGAAAAUGGACUUCUUUCUCUCCCCAACUAAAGGAUAUUAAAGUUGAAGGAAAGAAAGAUGUUUGAAAGUCAUCACUUCUUCCUGACCAUGUGUCAUUGUAGUCUUACCAUUGGACCUUGUUUGUUGUAUAACAAAAGUGGACUGGCAACCAUACUGUAAAAUUCAUGUGUAUAUAAGAGAUUACUGAUAAACUUGUAAGGCAAA